GAGGCUGAACUGGUGGAGACUCCAGGCAGCAGCAGCAGCAGCCCAUCAGGCUUCGAUCCAGCUGUUUGUUUCCCUCCUUACAGCUGUUCAAAGCCUGAUAUGAUAUCUGAGGGAUCGUUCUGUACCGGAGACUAGUCCUGACUGAUUCUGCUGUACCUGAGACUAGUCCUGACUGGUUCUGCUGUACCUGAGACUAGUCCUGACUGGUUCUGCUGUACCUGAGACUAGUCCUGACUGAUUCUGCUGUACCUGAGACUAGUCCUGACUGGUUCUGCUGUACCUGAGACUAGUCCUGACUGGUUCUGCUGUACCUGAGACUAGUCCUGACUGGUUCUGCUGUACCUGAGACUAGUCCUGACUGGUUCUGCUGUACCUGAGACUAGUCCUGACUGAUUCUGCUGUACCUGAGACUAGUCCUGACUGGUUCUGCUGUACCUGAGACUAGUCCUGACUGAUUCUGCUGUACCUGAGACUAGUCCUGACUGGUUCUGCUGUACCUGAGACUAGUCCUGACUGGUUCUGUUGUACCGGGGACUAGUCCUGACUGAUCCUGCUGUGAACAUGAAUGAGGUCAAGAUCGCGGUGUUGGGCAGUGAAGGGGUCGGAAAAUCAGCUCUCAUCGUCCGGUUCCUCACCAGGCGCUUUAUUGGCGAGUACGCGUCCUCUUCAGAGUGCGUCUACAGAAAGCGUCUGUCUGUGGACGGGAAGCAGAUGAACCUUGAGCUCUAUGACCCGUGUUCUCAGGCCUGUGAGGGGAAGUCGACCUUAAACGAGCAGAUCCACUGGGCCGACGGUCUGAUCGUGGUCUACGAUAUCAGCGACCGCUCCUCCUUCCUCACCGCCAAAGCCAUAGUGCACCUGAUCAGAGAGCUACACCUGGGAACUGCCAAAAGGAACGCCGACUCGCUCGUCUUCCUGGUGGGCAACAAACAGGACCUGUGCCACAUGAGAGAGGUGCGGCGUGAGGAAGGUCAGGGUCUGGCCGCCGAGUGUCGCUGCCAGUUCUACGAGCUGUCGGCGGCCGAGCACCACCAGGAGGUGGCGCUCAUCUUCUUCAAGAUGGUGCAACACGCUAGCCUCGUGGGCGGCAAGGCCAAGGAGCGUAGGAGACGCCCCAGCGGCUCCAAGUCCAUGGCCAAACUCAUCAACAACGUCUUCGGCAAGAGGAGGAAGUCAGUGUGAAGCUGUAGUGAAGGACAGCUGUCAGUCAAGGCUGGACCAGCGGCGUUGGACCGAACACAACCUCCAGCUUCGCUUCGUCGCACACGACACUCAUUUAUCGUUCCCGAUCCAAGUCGACACCCUACGACGGCCGUGUCGGGCUGUAACCGGGCUGAUAUCCUGCAGUCUGAACCGGGCAUAGAAGAUCAUUUAUGGGAAAAAACAUCCUGAAGCUUUUCAGCCAAAGAAACCAACGUCAGGAAACGUUUAAUCCAAGAUAAACAACUGACUUGUAAACUGUACGACUGUUUUAUAUAACUCAGGAGGGAUCAGCCUUUCAAACGUCACCGACUAUAUAUACACUUUAGGAUAAAUGAGAAGAAGAUUGAAUGAAACGAUGUGAGCAUGUACUGUAGAACUGAAAUAACAGAACAUGAUGUUUUACUUCUUUAUAAGACUCAGAGGACUGAGACUAAGACUCUGAUCGGUGUAUUGAUGUGAUGAUUGUAAUAAAGUGAAUUAAAGUGU